CCAUCCAGCCGAACGCGUUUAUCAGGUUCUUCAGAAACCUCCGUCCUAAUGACAGACGUCCAAUCACAGCAGUCAACCACUCACACAGGCUGGACUGAGUGAAGCAGCUUGAGGUGGAGGAUGAGCUGGCCGGUGUCCAUGCAGCCUGAGGCGAUGCGCACUUCCAUCGAGGAAGGUGAUUGGUCGUCAGGGAUCUGCGAUUGCUGCAACGACAUGAAACAGUGCUGUUUUGCCUUCUGGUGUUGUCCCUGCUUCGCCUGUAUAACCACCAGAGAGUUCGGUCAGUGUCUCUGCCUCCCCCUGCUGGACAUCUUCGGCUGCAUCCCGCCCAUCACCAUGUCCAUGAGGACCUCCGUACGGCGGCGCUACGGCAUCAAGGGCUCCCUGUGCAGAGACUGUUUGUGCUCCACCUGCUGUCUGCCCUGCGUCUGGUGUCAAAUGUCCACAGAGAUGAAGAAGAGGACGCUCCCCACAGUGCUCAGUGACAUCAUCAGCCGCUGAUGACAUCAUUGCUAUGACAUCAGUGCUGCUCCGUCUCCAUCAGUCCUAACUCUGAUGAAAUGCAACCGUUGUGAAGUAAACAACAACAACAAUAGCAUUUGUGCUGUGUGUUUACAGAAUAACAGUGUUCACAUGUUUGCUGAUGUCUCGCGACACUUUAUCCGCUGUCUGUUUAUUCUGUCAUAUUUAUCAAACAUGUUUGUUUUUAUACUUUUCCACGUCUUACUUUUUAAAAAACUUUGUUUUAUGCGCUUGUCUCAAUAUGUUAAUUUUCUACUGUGAUUAAAUAUUUAAUUUAUCUUACAUUCAUUAAAAUGUUUAAUAACA